UUUUGUAACCAAACAAUGCCGAAGGAGCACAUACACAUAGUCUCCCGUGUUGUUUAAGAUGGGCUUUCAUAUAUUCAGAAGCUCACCAAUUACUUCCUCCAAAGCCAUCGUUAUCUACAACCCCAUAACCAGAUCCUUACCCACCACUACCACUUUCUCCAGGCCUCUCUCUCCUUCUAACUCUUUCUCCAAUUCCCAUUUCACACACUCUUCUCCAAAACCCAUCACCAUCACCACCUCCAUAUCCACUUCUUCUGGGUUCGGUGGGUCUUGCUCUUUCCACCACAUCAGUAAGCGUAGGCUUCGUGGUUCGACUAUUGUGGCCAUGUCCGCUUCUGGGUCGGUCAAGAAAUCCGAGGAGGAAUGGCAGGCCGUCCUCUCGCCUGAGCAGUUUCGGAUUUUGAGGCAGAAAGGAACAGAAUACCCCGGCACAGGUGAAUAUGACAAGUUCUUCGAGGAAGGAGUCUAUAAAUGUGCCGGCUGUGGGACGCCACUUUACAAAUCCAAAACCAAGUUCAAUUCCGGCUGUGGCUGGCCAGCUUUCUAUGAGGGUCUUCCUGGAGCCAUAAAUCGAACUACUGAUGCGGAUGGGAGGAGGAUUGAAAUUACUUGUGCAGCUUGUGGUGGUCAUCUUGGUCAUGUUUUUAAAGGAGAAGGUUUCCCAACUCCAACGGAUGAACGCCAUUGUGUGAAUAGUGUUUCUCUAAGUUUUGCUCCUGCAAACUCAGAUUCUACUCUCUGAGUUCUUUAUGGGAACUGAACUUUAAGUUUGCUCUCUGAGUUUGUUCUUGUUCAUAAUAAAGGCUUGUCAUGUAAUGUAAUGUUGUCCAAAUAAAUUGGUACUGUAACUUAUGGAAUAAAUUUUACGGGCUUCACUUUAAGUCCUAUUGAUGAA